CCGGAGGCGGCGGCUCCCGGGCGCGGGCGGCGGCGGCGCCCCGACUGCAGUCCCGGCGGGAGCGGAGCGCGAGCCGGGGCCGGGCCCAAGCCGGCGCCAUGGGGCGGCGCCGCCUGUGAGCGGCUGGAGCGGAGCCGCGGGCGCCCAGCGGGGCCAGGCGGGCGGCGGCGGCGCCCCAGGCCGAGCGGGCCGCGGCCGGGCCGGGCCGAGCGCGCCGAGCAAGCGGGAGCGGGAGCGGCCGCGGCGGGAAGAGGCAGCGCCGCCGCCAAGAUGGCGGACCUGGAGGCGGUGCUGGCCGACGUGAGCUACCUGAUGGCCAUGGAGAAGAGCAAGGCCACGCCGGCCGCGCGCGCCAGCAAGAAGAUCCUGCUGCCGGAGCCCAGCAUCCGCAGUGUCAUGCAGAAGUACCUAGAGGACCGAGGAGAGGUGACCUUUGAGAAGAUCUUCUCCCAGAAGCUGGGGUACUUGCUCUUCCGAGACUUCUGCCUGAACCACCUGGAGGAGGCCAAGCCUUUGGUAGAGUUCUAUGAGGAGAUCAAAAAAUAUGAGAAGCUGGAGACGGAGGACGAGCGUGUGGCUUGCAGCCGGGAGAUCUUUGACUCGUACAUCAUGAAGGAACUGCUGGCUUGCUCACACCCCUUCUCCAAGAGUGCCACUGAGCAUGUCCAAGGCCACCUGGUGAAGAAGCAGGUGCCUCCAGACCUCUUCCAGCCAUACAUCGAAGAGAUUUGUCAGAACCUUCGAGGGGAUGUGUUCCAGAAAUUCAUCGAGAGCGAUAAGUUCACACGCUUUUGCCAGUGGAAGAACGUGGAGCUCAACAUCCAUCUGACCAUGAAUGACUUCAGUGUGCACCGCAUCAUUGGGCGUGGGGGCUUUGGGGAGGUCUACGGGUGCCGGAAAGCCGACACGGGCAAGAUGUAUGCCAUGAAGUGUUUGGACAAGAAGCGCAUCAAGAUGAAGCAGGGGGAGACGCUGGCCCUGAAUGAGCGCAUCAUGCUCUCCCUCGUCAGCACCGGGGACUGUCCCUUCAUCGUCUGCAUGUCGUAUGCAUUCCACACGCCAGACAAGCUAAGCUUCAUCCUGGACCUCAUGAACGGUGGGGACCUGCACUACCACCUGUCCCAGCAUGGGGUCUUCUCCGAGGCUGACAUGCGCUUCUACGCAGCGGAGAUCAUCCUGGGCCUGGAGCACAUGCACAGCCGCUUCGUGGUCUACCGAGACCUGAAGCCGGCCAACAUCCUUCUGGACGAGCACGGCCAUGUGCGGAUCUCGGACCUGGGCCUGGCCUGCGACUUCUCCAAGAAGAAGCCCCACGCCAGCGUGGGCACCCAUGGGUACAUGGCCCCUGAGGUCCUGCAGAAGGGUGUGGCCUACGACAGCAGUGCUGACUGGUUCUCCCUGGGCUGCAUGCUCUUCAAGCUGCUGCGGGGGCAUAGCCCCUUCCGGCAGCACAAGACCAAAGAUAAGCACGAGAUCGACCGCAUGACAUUGACGAUGGCUGUGGAGCUGCCCGACUCCUUCUCCCCUGAACUCCGCUCCCUGCUGGAGGGCUUGCUGCAGAGAGACGUCAACCGGAGACUGGGCUGCCUGGGCCGUGGGGCUCAGGAGGUGAAGGAGAGCCCCUUUUUCCGCUCCCUGGACUGGCAGAUGGUCUUCUUGCAGAAGUACCCUCCCCCGCUGAUCCCCCCUCGAGGAGAGGUGAAUGCAGCUGACGCCUUCGACAUUGGCUCCUUUGAUGAGGAGGACACAAAAGGAAUCAAGCUACUGGAUAGUGACCAGGAGCUCUACAGAAACUUCCCCCUCACCAUCUCGGAGCGGUGGCAGCAGGAGGUGGCAGAGACUGUCUUCGACACCAUCAAUGCUGAGACAGACCGCCUGGAGGCCCGAAAGAAAGCCAAGAACAAGCAGCUGGGCCAUGAGGAAGACUACGCCCUGGGCAAGGACUGUAUCAUGCACGGCUACAUGUCCAAGAUGGGCAACCCCUUCCUGACCCAGUGGCAGCGGCGGUACUUCUACCUGUUCCCCAACCGGCUUGAGUGGCGGGGCGAGGGUGAGGCCCCGCAGAGCCUGCUGACCAUGGAGGAGAUCCAGUCGGUGGAGGAGACGCAAAUCAAGGAGCGCAAGUGCCUCCUGCUCAAGAUCCGUGGAGGCAAACAGUUCGUCCUGCAGUGUGAUAGUGACCCUGAGCUGGUGCAGUGGAAGAAGGAGCUGCGUGAUGCCUACCGUGAGGCCCAGCAGCUGGUCCAGCGGGUGCCCAAGAUGAAGAACAAGCCCCGCUCACCUGCAGUGGAGCUGAGCAAAGUGCCGCUGGUCCAGCGUGGCAGCGCCAAUGGCCUCUGACCUGCCCGCCCGCCUUUUAUAAAUCUCUAAUUUAUUUUGUCGAAUUUUUAUUAUUUGUUUUCCCGCAAAGCGGAAAAGGUUUUAUUUUGUAAUUAUUGUGAUUUCCUGUGGCCCCAGCCUGGCCCAGCCCCCAGGGAGGGGCCUGCUUGCCUUGGCUCCUGCUGCCACCAACCCAGCCACUGUCCAGCACCCUCUGUCCUGACCCAGGGCCGCCUGCUCCCAGUAUCUUCCCAUGGGGGGAGCAGCAGCCCCCAGCAGCCCUCCCGCCCUCCCCUGGGGGUCAGUGCCACAUCAGGUUGUGUCACCUCAGGCUCUGAGCUGUGCUCUGUGCCCCCAGGCACUGCUGGGGAGCCCAGCAUCUCUCACUCUAGGGGAGGGCCCAGCACAGGGAUACUACUUGAAUUUGCCCACAGUUGCCCCUCCUGCAACAGAGGGACAGAGCCCUGCACUGUCCUGCCCUCUGGCCAUUGGCGAGAGGAGAGGGCCCAUCGUCUCCCUGGCCACCAAGUCCUGCCACAGUGACUUGGGCUUCUGUGCCCUUGUUCAGGGAAAGCCCCUGUGUUGCUGGUUGCCUCCAUUCCCACCUUCCCUGGACACUGUGGGGCUCAGCCUGGAGGGUGGCAUCGGCAGUGGGUGCUGCUGCCCUCCCUAUGCCACCCUUAUCCACCCACCCCAAGCACCCGGGCUCAGGGACCAUAGAAAGGCAGCUGUGGAUUGGGCCACACUGGCCUAGCCUGGCCUCAAGGUCUCCCCACUGCUGGGCUGGGUGAGACCUCAUCUGCCUGGGACCACAUGGGGCCAGCAAGUGGGUGGGCAGCACAGUGCAAGGGGGCCAGCUCUCCCUGCCCAGGCCCGUCAGUGUGCCCCUGGGCUGUCCUGUCCCACAGCCCAUGUCCUGUCAGUGCCACCACCCCAGGGCGCCACCUCGCCCGCCGCAUGCCCCCUUGUGCCAGUCGCGCUGCCACGUGUGGUGUUGCGCCCUUUCCCCUGGGGCUGGGUCGGUGCGCCCUCCCCUUCCGUCUACUCCCUCCCCAGGGCGUUCCUUUGCCGAUUUUUGAAUGUGAUUUUAAAGAGUGAAAAAUGAGACUAUGCGUUUUUAUAAAAAAUGGUGCCUGA